AAGCCACCAUCAGGCGACAGGAAGUAAACUGUUGGACUGCUUUGCUUUUCUUCAGGACGUUGAUGUAGCCACCAAAGCUAGCUAUGACAACCAACAGCCGCUGCCAACAUGAUUCCCUCUGCAAUGUUUAAGUUUUCCUUUUGAUAAGAAAACUACUUUAAAGAGGAAACAGUAGCUGGAACAACUGUCAAGCUGUGCUGAGUAGCAUGCUGGACGUGGGGAAGUGGCCAGUGUUUGCACUCCUUCCUCCUGAGGAACUACGGCUUAUCCGCCAGGCUUGUGUCUUCGGUAGUGCUGCUAACGAAGCUCUCUACGUUACUGUUAAUGAUGAGGUCUUUGCCUUAGGCACCAACUGUAGUGGCUGCUUAGGCCUCGGAGACCUUCAAAGCACUAUUGAGCCGCGCAGGAUUGAUAUCCUGUGCGGAAAGAAGAUUGUGUCCCUGAGCUAUGGUACAGGACCGCAUGUGGUUAUCGCCACUGCAGACGGGGAGGUGUUUGCCUGGGGUCACAAUGGCUACAGCCAGUUGGGAAAUGGGACCACCAACCAUGGUCUAACCCCUGCCCUGGUCUCCACCAACCUCAUCAGCAAGAGGGUGACAGAAGUGGCCUGUGGCUCCCACCACACCAUCGCUCUCACAAGUGAUGGAGAGGUGUAUGCGUGGGGCUACAACAACUCGGGCCAAGUUGGAUCUGGGUCGACUGCCAAUCAACCAACACCACGUCGGGUUAGCAGCUGUCUGCAGAACAAAGUGGUGGUCAACAUAGCCUGUGGCCAGCUCUGCUCGAUGGCCGUCCUGGAUAAUGGAGAGAUUUACGGUUGGGGCUACAACUGCAAUGGGCAGCUGGGUUUGGGAAACAACGGAAAUCAGCAGACUCCAUGCAGGAUCGCUGCUCUGCAAGGUGUCAACAUUGUGCAGGUGGCAUGUGGAUAUGCACACACGUUGGCACUUACGGAUGAGGGAUUUGUUUAUGCGUGGGGAGCCAACUCCUAUGGACAGCUGGGAACAGGCAAUAAAAGUAACCAAGCGCUUCCCAUCCUAAUAAAUACAGACAAGGAAAGGAUGGUGGAGGUAGCUGCCUGUCACACCAGCCACACUUCAGCUGCUAAGACGCAGAGCGGGCAAGUUCUGAUGUGGGGUCAGUGUCGAGGUCAGGCCGUGUCCAGCCCCCAUCUUACCCACUUCAGCAGCACUGAUGACGUGUUUGCCUGCUUCGCCACGCCAGCCGUCACGUGGCACCUUCUCUCAGUGGAUGGAGAUGACUAUCUGACAGUUGCCCAGUCUUUGAAGAAGGAGUUUGACAGUCCAGAGAUUUCUGACCUUAAGUUCUUAGUCGAUGGGAAGUGCAUCUAUGUUCACAAAGCUCUUCUAAAGAUCAGGUGUGAGCAUUUCCGUACUUUGUUGAAUGAAACAGAUGAAGAUGUUAUAGAAAUUCACCAGUUCUCAUAUUUAGUGUACAGAGCCUUCCUGGAGUAUCUCUAUACAGACAAUAUUAACCUGCCACCAGAGGAUGCUAUUGGGUUGCUUGACUUGGCAACGUUUUACCGAGAGACGAGGCUCAAAAGAUUGUGUCAGGAAACUAUCAAGCGGGGCAUUUCUGAAGAGAACGCCAUCACUCUGCUUUCUGCCGCCGUCAAGUAUGAGGCUCGGGACCUGGAGGAGUUCUGCUUCAAGUUUUGUGUCAACCAUCUAACGGCUGUCACUCAGACCCAGGCUUUUGCAGACAUGGAUCAUGACCUGCUCAAGAACUUCAUUAGUAAGGCAAGCCGCUACGGGGCCUUCAAAAACUAAAGCGCCCCUGUAGCGAUGGAUUCUUGACAAUAUGUUUUAAUUCUGCAAAAGGAGAGCCGACCAAAGUAAACACUGAGCUGUUCAGCUCUGCUAAGACUUGUUACUGGGGAUGUAAACACUGAGGAGGCAAGUGGUUUCGGGUGGCAGUGGCUAUCUGAUCCUGCCGAGUUACUACUCUAAGCCUUGUCCAAACAUGGUGAAGUGGCGCAGAAGCAUUGGGUUACUCUACUAAUCCGGCCUUAACAUAAAGAAGUACAGCAGAGGUUGCAGUUUGUCAGACUUGCAUUACUAAGAACAAGCUUAACUGCGUCUCCAUCUGCCUGGUUUAAUGCAGACAUACAGCAAACAUACAAAUGGAUACCUGUUGCUUAAAAUGCUGUGUGGUUAUUUACAUUUAUCCCUAUAAAUGAUCAGUUUAAGGACUUUUAAUUGCAAACUUCCAAAUUCCGCUGGAAGCUUCGACUGAACUAUAAAGCAAUCAGCGAGAAAUAAAUCAGCCCUUCUUAUUUCUGCUGCAACCUACAUGUCAGUCAGUCAAUAUCUAUCAGAGAUACCUGAUUAUAUACUGUAUGUUUUCUGUUUUUACAUUAAUAUAAAACAAAAGAAGACACGUGUGGUGAUUAGAAAUGGUCCCAUCAUAUUGGGUGAUCCAGUGGAAAGCUUCAUACUCUGUUGUUUACAGAUUCUAAGCUUAUGAUUGGUCUAAGCGAGUGAUUGGUCAUGGAGACCCAAACACUGCUCUGAAAUAAAUUACUAAAAAGUUAAUUAUCAUAAAACUUAGAUUUUUUUUUCAUAUUCCUUAUGUUAUUUGGAUGCCUUGGUUCUCAUAAAUUUGAAAGUGAGAUACCCUGCAAGAAUUUAGCAACUCUGUAGUUAUUGGCAUCUCUGGUGAAGAUGUGUUCAAAACUCUCAAAUGGAAGGAUUGUUAACAUGGAGAAACUGUGAUUACAUUCUUUGUUGCGGUUGUCUAACCAUAAGCUUUGAAAUUUGUUUUUCUUCUUCCUUACUGUUGGUUCUGUCUGCAUCCACCCUUGUUUGUAUGUUGAAGUUGUUUUAAGCUUUCUGGGAGGUUAUCUAUUGUCCUGUUGCCAUUUUCUGAUAUGAGCACACACCUAACUUACUUAAAUGAAACAUUCUUUUGUUUCCCCCACUUUAAAGACCGACUUUGAAAAAAAAGAGCAUGAACAAAACAGUAAGUUAAUAAUUACUGAUUUAAUUACUUAACCCUCUAAUCUGCUGUAGACAUAUGCGUUGAAAAUUCACAGUUUGCAUCACUUUUGACUAUUCAAACAAACAAAACAUAUUUUGGAAUUGUAGCUAUGACAAUAACAACUGAUUAUUAUAUUUUUUUUUUUGUCUUUUGGUAUCUGAUUUCCAUUUUCUGACCCAACUUUACAAAAAGCUUCACAGACACUAAUUUUAGCAAAUUUCAAUGUUAUUUAAGAAUUAUAAAAUAAUUUAUAAUAGCAUUCAAUAGUUUUUCUAACUUUCACUUUUUUUAAGCAGAGGUUAUGUCACACUGUAUGUGGGACAGCCCUUGCUGUGCACUGCUGAACCUCUCUUUUCUUACGCUGAACGUCUUGCUGUCGCUCACUCUUUCGUAGCCUGAAGGAACUGCAGACAUUUCUUGACAAGUUGUAGCAAAUACAACCUUUUACAUUUCCGCUUCCUCAGGUUUAUAUUUUAAACACAGUGCUGUUUUUGAAAAUAGCUAAGUUUGAGCAUUCUUCUUAUAUCAACAGCGUCCCACAUGGAAAAGGUUUUAUUGCCUUGACCUAACAUCUGGUGCUUCCAGUUAUCUGAAAAGUAACAACAUUUUUCUUACCAUUUCUGGCUGGUCAGAGACGAUCAAGUUGAAAAUUGUCCAACAGUUUCCUGCCAAUUACUUGCUAGAGCUCCAUUAGAUUUUCUUCUUUUUCUCAAAAUCAAAAACCAAAAAGCAACACAUAUAUUGCAUCUUCAUCCUGGGUGACAGUAAUUGUAGAGGAUGCUAUAUGCUUGACAUCUCCAGUUCAAAACAGUUUGUAUGGUAAUUUUACAUUUAAUGAACAGUUUUACCACAUUUUUUAUUGUUUACUAAUUUAUGCCAUCAGAACAUGUUACAAUUGUUGUGCAAUUGUUAGCUAACACUUGGCCAGAAUGGAAAAGAAAUGUAUUUUUUUUAAUGCAAACAUUUACUUUUAAUGUGCUUUAUAUGAUGUGAACUGUGCAGCUGGAAAUUGUGCUUUACUCACAACAAACAUGACAAAAUCCAUGUUUACUGUUGGUGUGUGGAAGAAGUUAAAUAGAAUUGUCUUUUUUUUGGUAUGUUUACACAGAUUUGUUUUUUUUAUUGUUAUUAUUAAUGUUAUUGUUAAAUCAUUGUCAGCAGGUGUUUUUUUUUUUUUUUUUUACAAUAAUAAAUCCUCUUUCAUCACCUUAUGGUAAUAGGUACUGCUAGUAUUGUUUCAAUAGGCAGUUUAUAUUGUUUAGAAAAAUUGGAUAAAAAGAAAUAUCAGCUUGCUUUUACUUUGUAUGAUUGAUGCUGAUAAUGUCUGAUAGACAUGCUGAAAUAAAUAACAUAAUCAUAAA